AUGAAAAUAGAUAGCAAACCAUUAAGAUAUGCUCAUGCCGAAGGGCAUACAGAUGUAUGUUAUUCUGAAGAUGGACAGCAUAUAAUAACGUGUGGCAAUGACGGUGAUGUAAGGAUAUGGGUGGAUAUCGAAGAUGAUGAUCCAAACUCACAUUGCGUUGGGGAAAGUGCACUGGCAGUGUGUUACAAAGACAAGAGACUUUAUGUGGCCACUGAUAAUCAUGCUGUUCAAGCAUAUACAUAUCCAGCUUUCGACAAAGAUGGAAUUGUCACUAGGUUUACUGCACCAGUCACACAAAUCAAGUCUUCAAGUAAAAUUGAGGUUUUGGGAUGCACAUCCGAGAACAUGGAAGCAAAACUUUGCAACUUGGAGGGUGGAGCACCUUUGUUUAUCAUGACAGAGCAUACAGGGCCAGUACUCAGUAUUGCUAUUUGUCCCCACAUGAAAUUUUCAAGUACAGCUUGUGGAGAUGGAAAACUAAGAAUAUGGGAUAUUGAUACACAGAAAAUUGUUAAAGAGAUUUCAUGUGUUCCAAAGAUAAAUACAUUUUAUGCUGCCAAAGUUUUAUGCCGUAUGGAUUUUGAACCAACAGAAGGAAAAUACCUAGCAUACCCAAACAACAGAGAAAUCAUAUUGUUAGACUGUGAAACUUGGAGUCAAAGGAUGACAUUCACACAUAAUUUAAUAAAAUGUGCAAUCUCUCAAUGUGUAUUUUCCCCAUGCGGGCAAUAUCUGGCUGGGAGCACAGUCGCUGGUCAGGUUGCAGUGUGGGAGAUUGGUUCCGGGGUGUGUAUUGACAUCACCACACAUCCUACAUCACAUAAUGUUUCAGCUAUGGCAUGGAACCCUAAAGGCAAUGGCGUACUAGCAUACGUUGAUGUCAUGGGUCAACUAGGUAUGUUGGUCAACUGCUACGGAAAGGACAGUAAUGCAGCUACUGAAGAUAAUACUGACGAUGUCGAAAUGAUCGAGAGGGUGGAUGACAAUGACGACAUCGUAGAUGACUUAAUAGAGAAUUAUGAGAGUGACGAUGACAAUGCAAUAUCUUUGCAAAAGAUUAAGAAUGAAACAUUGGGGCUUGUGGAGCAGGAUGAGUCUAGGCCGGCCUCGCGACGUAAUGCUACUCCAGUGCCAUCUACGGUACCACCUCAAGCACCGUUUCAACCCUCAUCCACUCCAACUCAUUUGGAACACAGGUACAUGUGUUGGAACGAUAUCGGCAUAGUUCGCUGCCACACUGCCGAGAAUGGAGAGUCGACGAUAGAUGUAGAGUUUCAUGACACGAACUUGCAUCACGGCAUACACUUGAACAACUACUUGAACCAUACAAUGGCCAGUUUGUCUUCUACUGUGGUAGCAUUAGCCUGUGAAACGCCGAGUAAGUUGGUCUGCAUAUCGCUGGUGGGCAGCAGCAAGGAGUGGAGUGUGAGUAUGUCGGACACGGAGGAGGUACUGUGUGUGGCGGCCGCCAGCCAUGUAGUGGCGUGCGCUACCAACGCCAGGCUACUGAGGCUCUACACGCCCAUGGGCACACAGAGACAGGUGAUAUCACUGGCUGGCCCAGUGGUAUGUCUGGGAGCGUUCAACACGGCUGUAAUGGCCGUGUACCAUAGCACAGACCCUGGACCCUCAGACCAGCAUCUAGCCAUGGACAUUGUUGCCUUAAAUGGUCGCCAAGUUCGAAGCAAAACAGUCCCUGUACCUUUAACACCAAGUUCUAAACUUGCAUGGCUUGGUACCAGUGACGUUGGAUCACCUUGUGCGUACGACAACACGGGAAUGUUACGAAUGUAUGACGUCAGUAGCGGCGUGUGGAUGCCUUUAUGUGAUACCAGCACACAUUCUAGAGGAGCUUCUGACUCCUGGUUCAUUGUUUCAGUAAGUGAAGCGACACAAAAAGUCCGUGCAAUACUUUGUAGAGGUGCGUCGUUCCCAGCUACUGCGCCCAAACCUAUUAUUGCAGAAUUAGCCAUUCAGAUACCUCUCUGUGAAAUGGAUACUGAAAAGAGUCAGUAUGAAGAACAACUUGUACGAUGGGCACAUACAACUGCAGAUGUCGACGUAAAAACUGCACGAGAGACUGCACUAAAAUUAUUUGCUCUUGCGUGUCGCAGUGAGAUCGAACAACGCGCAUUAGAACUAAUGGAGUUGUUGAAAGACGACCGAUUGCUGCCUUUAGCGGCGAAGUAUGCUUCACGACUUGGCCGAGUGCACUUAGCGGAUAAGUUGGGCAACUUGGCAGAAACUUGGGAAAAAGAGGCAGACAAACUGAAUGUUGCCCAAACCUCGCACUUCCAGGAGUUGGACACGCAAGAGACUUAUGACGUCACAAAUACUGAACAGGAUUUAAACGCCAGUCUGAUUAUACCGCAGAAAGUCAAGGAGAAAAAGGUUGAUGCUGAUACUUCACUAAGACCAGUUCCUAUAAAAUCGUCGCCCGGUAGAGCGCGCAAUAUUUUCAAAAAGAAGUCAACUAAGUCUAAUGCUGCGCAAAGCCCUCUGAGUCUAACUGAUAGGACUCUAGUGGAGGUUCAUAAACCUACUGAAAAUUCUGAAAACAAUGACCCUUCAGCACCACUGGAAGGUGAAACGUUCGUAGACUGGUUCACAAGAAACAAAUCUAUUCUGGAAACACAAAACCCAGAAUUAGGACCAUCAGAGUUAACACGACACGGAAUCAAAAUAUUCAAGACUGUCCAGGGGAAAGCGACCAAUAAUACGGAGAAUGGACCAAAGAGGAAAUUAGAUGAAGAUAGCUCCGGUACGGAAACUCCCGUCACCAACACUCCCAAACAGUCGAAACUUAGUGCCUUCGCAUUUCAAAAGAAAUCAUAG